UAUGCAUAAGUAAGCGACAGAGGAGGACGCUCAGUGUUGAUUCGCCCUGCUCGGCGUUAUAACACACAAGUUACGUGGCGGCUCUGCAGACCGGUAACCGAAGGAUUUUGCCCCACAUUUGAUACAUAUUUGUGCUGCAAGAUGUCAGAGAAAAUUCAGGAUGAAGAGUUGCCGCUACCUAGUUAUCUCCGUGUUUAUAAAAACACUUUCUUGCUUAAGUACACGGUAACUUACAUGCCCGAGUACGAGAAGCUGAAAUGCCGUGACGACGAUGUCUAUGUCAUGUCCUAUCCGAAAUGUGGUACAACAUGGAUGCAGGCAAUCGUCUGGCUCGUCAUGAAUGACGCGGACGUCGCAUUCCAAGGUGGCAGUAAGGAACUCGAUGAAUUAUUCCUAUUGCUGGAGUGGCCAUUCAAUAAUAAAAAUAUGGCAGAGUUCGGAAAGCUGAAGAAACUUCCAGAAUGUCCCGACUGGGAGGCGAGACCAUCGCCAAGGCUCUUCAAAACACAUAUGAAUUUUCAACUUCUUCCAACCCAAAUCGUAAAAAGGACCAAAACUCCAAAAAUUGUAUACGUUAGCAGGAACCCUAAAGAUACGGCAGUUUCCUUCUAUCACUUCACCAAGGGAUUUGACUUAUCGCCAAUGGGAAUGCACAACGACUUCGCUAACAGCACCUUUCCUGAGUUUUACAAGUACUAUAUGCAGGGAAAAUGUAAUUACGGUGAAUAUUGGCAGCAUCAAGUAGAUUUCUGGAAACACAGGCACUGGGAAAACAUACUUUUCGUGAAAUACGAAGACAUGAAAAAGGAUCUAAAAGGCGAAGUCAGACGAGUCACAAACUUCCUUGGGAAAAAUUUGAGCGAGGAGAAAAUUGACAAGAUAGUCGAAGCUACGACAUUUAGCAGCAUGAAGAGGAACAACACGGUUAACAACACUGCUAUGAAAGCAUCCAGAACGCAAGAUGCGACACCAUUCAUGCGGAAAGGUGCGCCAAGGUGACCUGGAGAACUACUUCACUGUAGAGGAUGAGCGGACAACAUGGAUGCCUGUUACGCACCAUGCAGAAAGUUCGAGAGACUCGGGGCUUUCACCGAAAUAAUGUAGAUGAAGCUCUAACAUAGGAGUAAACUAUCGUUAUACGUGUCCUUAUAACGACGAGUAUUAAUUAAUUACUGCUAAUUAAUUAAAUAAUCUUUCUUAUCCGUGAAAUCUAUAGUAUAUGAAACACGAGUUCGCUUCCCUCGUGCUACAUAUUAUAUCUACAUACAGAAAUACCAUACGCAGAUGAUUUAGUUGUAAUUCAUAUAGGAAAUGUUCCAUCGAUCUCAGUCACUGAGUCCCGUGUGCACGUUAUAAUGAACAGACCUGCCAAGGGUGUUUAACCAGCUUGCUGGAGGUUCAGUGAGAUUUUGCUGGAGAAGAGGUGAUUUCGAGAAUAUAAUGCGUGAGGUUCAGAAUAUUUUCAAACACGACCAGUUUCUAAAUAUUUGGCUUUAAAAUAUGUAUUUGCAGUACAUAUAUUCUGUUAGCAUUCGAAUAAAAGAAGACAAACUUAAAUUUUAAGGCAUAAAAACUUUUA